AUGACGCUGGCAAUUCGACAGGCUGGGUCGGUGUUCACUGGUUGGAUCGCCUCCUGCUUGUCCUGUCUGUCGGCUAGGGAAGGGAACGAGAGGCAACAACACCAGCGGGCUCUGGAACAGAAAGGUAUUGAGCGGGAGAUGUUGGUAUGCCAUAACCAACCGCACCUAGUUCCACCGAUGAGACUGGUUGUCUACGACAGUCUCCCCAACAGCCCGAUGAGCCCCCAGCGCACACCGGUUUUCCCCUCCUGGGUGACGGAGGGCAAGGACAGGAUAUCCAGAGCAUCCAGCCGUGCGACCUUCCCCUUUAAAAGGAGGUCGACCCCCGUCUCGCAGCUACGGAUCAGCGCACCGACUGACUUCCGUCAUGUUUACCAUUCCUUCGCUCCUGCAGAGCAGUUCGAGCAGCCUAGGCAGCAGGGACGGUUCCAGCCUCUCCAGCUGAAGAUCCACCGGCCUGGAAAUCGGCUAUCAGAGCUCCCCACGUUUGAAAACUUUGGGCUCGAUGAUAUGGCCAGCCUACCCACCCCUCCGCCAACGGUAAUAUCACCAACGUCGGAAACGCCAAGUUUUUGGAGACAGUCAUCACAGCUGGCUCGGAAAAGAGUCGGGUCUGGUGCUCGUCCGUCGUUAUCGCUGAGAACCAUGGGCCAAGUUUUGAGCAGACAGCACCAGCAGAACCAGGACCAUCUCUCCGACCCCUUCAUCCCUCAUUUCUCUCUUCGGAGUCCCAGUUCGACCGCCCUGUCGGAACAAGAAACCGUCUCUUCCCCCAACAGAUACCUGCUUGGGUCAAUCAUCAAUCAUUCACCGGUCUCAUCAUGUCCCACCAACCAGAGAAGGACUGCUGAGGCUCCGCCUCCCGUCGUUUCACGGCCUUCAGCCGACAUCUACCUGCUAGACAGACCCUUGCCGCCCGUUCCUACAGAGGACCACGAACCGUCCACCCGUCCAUCGACCAGUGAGCCCCUUCUCUCGGCCAGCUGCCCCAGUACGCCUCCGAGAUCCCCACCAUCCAGCCGUGUCGCGCAGUGGCUGUUUGCAAACAAGAACAACUCCUCCCCGCACUCGACUCCUCCUCGAAAGGACUCCUCCCUGCACAGCCGCUCUCGCACUCUGAGUGGAUCGACGACCUCCUCCACGAUGACGUGCGUCAAGACCACCCCAUCCCUCUACAGCGCCAUCACGGCCGCCACGACCAUCCACGCCCCGGUGGGAAGUGACCUCGACUUCACCGCCGACGUGCCUCGGCCUCUCUUCUCGCCCGUCUCGUCAAAACAGCAGUACCAGGCACCCCCCACGGUGCCUGAAAUUCUUGAUGAUGAGUAUAUGCGCCCCGGGCAGCACAGACUGCAAGCCAGACACGCAGCCGGAGAGGAAUGUUACUAUUCGCGUUAUGGUGACUCGGCAGUCGGUCUUGCUUUUUAG